GGUGUUUUUAUCGCACUUAUUUUGGUUGCAUAUUUUCAACACAUUUCUCACAAUCAAUUGACGAAUUCAAUAAGAGUUGUGUGGAUCGCAAACAUUCAACUUACUUGUUUCAUAUUUGAAUUGAAGGGUUUUUAGUAUACGUUUGAUUUCAAUCAUGCGUUUUUCGCAAAAAUAACACAUUUCGUUGAAAGCAACAACAAAAAAAAAAUUAUUCGCUUGAAUUUUGAAGAAGAAGAAAAACCCAUUUAUUAUCAGUAAAUAUAAAUUAGUAAAUAUAAACAACGAUUUUGAUUGAAUGGAAAAGUGUUUGUUUGCUUGAGCACGAGUUUUUAAAAAAAAAGAGAAAUUGAAUUUGAUUGAAUUUUGGGCGCUGAUACAGCAUGUCACGAAAAGCGACAAUUGUUAAUUAUUAUGGUCCACAAGGCAAUUCCCGAUGCGGAUACUGCAACAAUUCCAACUCAAGUCAAUCACACGGUAUGUGGGCACAUUGCAUGACAGCGGCUGAUUAUCAAGAUUUAAUUGAUCGAGGAUGGCGACGCUCCGGACAGUAUUGUUACAAGCCAAAUAACAAGAUUACAUGUUGCCCUUGUUAUACGAUCAAAUGUGAUGCACCAGCACUUCAUUUGUCAAAAUCACACAAGAAAAUUCUGAAAAAAAUGAAUAAUUUUCUACGAACGGGACAAAAAAGUGGUGGAAACAAUGAUAGCAAAAAUGAUGAUGCCGAUAAUGAUGCUAAAAACAAUUCGAACGUUGAUAUUAAUGAUGAUGAUGUUAAAAUGGAUAUGAUGCAGCCAACCGAAGUUGGAGAAUCAAGUGCCUUAGCUGAAUGCAAAAUGAUUACCUCAAAUCAGCCAAAAGAAUCGAUUGAUAUAGAUAAUAUGCUAGAAAUUAUUGAAAAUACAGAAAAUGAUGUGAAUAAACAGAAACCAAGCACCUCAUCUGCCGCCACCAAAAUCGAUGAGCCACAAACAAAGAAAGCGGAAACCAGUGAUAAUUGCAAUAAAAAUAAUAAGCGUGGUUUGGUUGUCGGUGCGGAUCCCACAAAACCACUACAACCAAAAGCAAAACUGUUGCGUCAACAGCGUAAAGCCGAAAAAUUACUAGCAAAGACCAAUGCGUCCGGUAUGGCUUCCAAUGAUGAUGCUAGUGAAACGGCAAUUGUCGCAAAAAAAUCACCAAAUAAUAUUACAAAAGAUUUAAAAUCAAUGAUCGAUGAAAUGCCAACUGAUGGUGUGCACAAAUUAAAGCUUCUUGUGGUUAAUGUUGAGAGUGACGAAUUUAAACGCAGUCAAAAUACUGAAUUCGAUUUGUAUAUGAAAUAUCAGACAUUAGUUCAUCGCGAUCCACCAACUGAUUUAAGCGAAUUCCUUGAUUUUCUAUGCAUUUCACCCAUUAAGCAUGAAACACCGGAGAAUGGGCCACAGUGUGGAUACGGUUCAUUCCAUCAACAGUAUUGGUUGGAUGAUCAAUUGAUUGCCGUUGGCGUCAUAGAUAUUCUGCCAAAAUGUGUGAGCUCAGUGUAUUUCUUCUAUGAUCCAGAUUUCAGUUUUCUUACGCUUGGAACGUAUGGAACAUUGCGUGAAGUUCAAUUUGUGAGAGAAUUGUGCGAUACACGCCCUGAGCUCAGCGCAUAUUAUAUGGGAUUUUAUAUACACAGUUGUCCAAAGAUGCGAUACAAAGGCAAAUUACAACCAUCGUACUUAUUGUGCCCGGAAAUUUAUACAUGGCAUUUAUUGGAUGCUGAUUUACUCAAAUUGUUAGAUGAAACGAAAUACUCACGCUUCAAUUUAGAUCCGGUGGCUAAAGAUCUCAAUGAAUUCAAUCCGGCCGAUGAUUUGAGCAAUUUACGAUUGCUUGUCGAUUAUAAAUAUUGUUUGACAUACCGAGACUAUAGAGCGUAUAAAGGAACAGAGGGCACCGACAGUGAAGAGGACGACAAUGAUAAUUUUACCGAAUAUGGAAAACUGGUUGGCAAAGUCUUAUCCCGUCGUUUAUAUUUGGUUACCUAAGCUCAAAUGAAUCACAAUUGCAAUAAAAUUGCUGCCGACUCUCUUCAUCAUAAUCGCAACCUUUUCUCUGUUCGCCGACGCCUAAAAGCAUUUUUCAAGCUGCAACUAAAAUUUGUUUUCUCCAUUCAGUCAGUACUCAGUUGACUGAGUAAUAUAGUCAGAUUGAUUAUUGUUACCUGCAAUUCAAUAUUCUCAAAAUGAAUGUUCGAAUUUUUUCACAAAAUGAGAUAUUUUUUUAAAAAAUUAUGUUCACUAUAUUAUAAAUAUGGUCGAAAUAAAUAAAUAAAUACAUUAAAGUCACUUGAGAAGAUAAAUAAGAAUAAACAUACAUUUCUAUA